ACCAUCCUUGGCUUCAAUAAUUACUCACAGUAUAGUAUAUUCCAAAUCUCCGAUCUUGUUAGUUGUUUCCAUCAGCUAAUCCACAGUUAAACACCACACUAAUUAAUGGCUUCAAAUCUCAUUUUCACACAAUCCAAGUACUCAGAUAGCUUAACAAUCGUAGCAAUCUCAAUCUUCACUGCAAUCAUUUGCGAAUCAAUCUCAUACCUCUUAAUAUACCGCACAAACUCAUACAAAUCCCUCAAAUCAACCAUCGACAAAGCUUCAAAAAAGCUCGAAACUUUAAAGAAGUCAAAAACCAAAAAAAUCGACCGGUUCGAAACGAAUCUAAAAGAAUCGAACCGCGAUCUCUCGAUGUUCAAGUUCAAAUCUGGCGCUGUUGUUGCGUUAAUUUUGUUUGUUGUGUUUAAGUUCCUGAGUAAUUUGUUUGAAGGCAAGGCGGUGGCGAAAUUGCCGUUCGUACCGUUUAAGAUUGUGCAGAAGAUGAGUCAUAGAGGAUUGGAAGGGGAGGAUUUCACGGAUUGCGCUAUGGCAUUUUUGUAUUUUUUGUGUUCGAUUAGUAUAAGGACUAAUCUGCAGAAGUUUUUGGGGUUUUCGCCGCCUCGGGGAGCUGCUGCUGCUGGACUUUUCGCAAUGCCUGAUGUGAAAAAUGAGUGAGAUUAUUUAUCACUUCAAUUUUGUUUUGGUUGAGUCUAGGGUUAGUGGUUUUCGAGAUUUUGAUGAGCUUUGAUUUGUGUUUAUUUCGUACUUUAGGUUAAUCAUUGGGAUAAUGACAAUUGAAUUUAAUGUAGUUGGGGAAUUACUAUAGUGCAAUGUAUUGGUAUUUGUGUUUA